AUCAGUCAGGUCUGAUGCGUAGACGCGGCGUAUACGUGAUGCUUACGCUGUGCGGUGUGCUUACCGCUGCUCUAAUCGCUUUUCUUGUGAUACUUCUCACCGGUGGCCAGGGUGCAGAUGCAUCCGAUGCACCAACGGUGACAUUGGAACUAUCCAAUGGCCAGGGGGAAGUUCUUGGGAACUAUGGAUCCACAGCCUGGACGGACCAAACGUUUAUGCAGUUUCGUGGCAUUCCCUUUGCCGAACCACCAACGGAGGAACUGCGCUUUCGGCCACCUGUGGCGCGUUCACCAUGGACAGGCACCCUAAACGCACUGAACUUUGGACAACGCUGCCCAGUGAUAACAAAUCUGGAUGGACUGUUGUCUGAUGCUGAACUCGAAGAUUGCCUCAACCUGUCGGUAUACACUAAAAAUCUUUCUGCCAGCCAACCUGUAAUGUUCUACAUUUAUGGCGGAGGCUACUACAAUGGCUCCGCAGAGGAUCAUCCACCUAACUAUAUCCUGGAGAAGGAUGUUGUACUAGUUGUUCCACAGUACCGAGUGGGAGCGCUCGGGUGGCUGUCGACAUACACGGAGGAGCUUCCGGGAAAUGCUCCCAUUGCAGAUAUCCUAAUGGCACUCGAAUGGGUGCAACUGCAUAUUAAUCGUUUUGGUGGCGACCCCCAGAAGGUGACUAUUUUUGGUCAGAGUGCCGGAGCUGGAGUAGCCAGCGCUUUGCUGUUGAGUCCAAGAACUGGCGACAAUCUGUUCAAGCGAGCAAUUGUGCAGUCAGGUUCGAUUUUCGCCAACUGGGCUAUCAACAAGGACCCAAGAGCGCAGUCGCAUCGAAUUUGUGUUCGGUUAGGGUGUUCCAGAUGCGAACAGCACGAUCACCUCGUAGAGUGCUUGCAAACGAAAGUUCAAGAUAUUCUGAUAGCCACGACCUCGGAAUCCUUUUCGCCUGUUGUGGGAGAUUUACAGGGUAUCCUACCGCAACAACCACGUGAGUUGGUAAAAAGCUAUCGCAGACAGGUCCUGCUGACAGGAUUUACUCAACACGACGGUUCCUUCGUGCUAGCAAGUUAUUAUGAUGCUCUGGCUGCAAAGGUAUCUAAUGUGAGUUUGUUAAACGUUCGUCAGUUUUCCCAGGGUAUUAAUGACAUGGUAAAUGAUACAUCGGGACUUUCGGAUAACAUUUUGAACCGGUUGCUCUUUAAACCUCAGAUGCUCAACAGUCAUGAUCAUAAUGCUGCAGUUCCCUCAUACUUCGAUCUGACAUCGGCAAUAUUUAUGAAGUCACCUGUGAUAACCCUAGCCACACAAAUCUACACCCAACAACCCAACACUCCGGUUUAUCUUUAUAGUUUUGACUACGAGGGCGAAUACACUCGAUUUGGCUAUGAGUUCGGAAAUUUACACUAUCUUAAUGGAGGAGUUCAUCACUCAAACGAUAACAUCUAUCUAUUUUCCACCCAUCCUCUGGAGGGACAGGACACCCAGAUGUCACAAAAAAUGGUGGAAGUAUGGACUUCGUUUGCCAUCGAUGGCAUCCCCGGCGAACUAAGUCCACUGACCAGUGCAAGUGGGCCAUAUAAUCAACUUAACUUGGAGAUAACUAAAGGUGAAGAUUUAUUGGAAACUCUGACGGCCGCAAUUGACGAUCCGGACAAUGGGCGACUUCAGCGGGAAGAUAUGGAUUUUUAAAGUGUGCCAUUCAACAUAAUUCAAUAAAAUGUAAAUAAAA